CGUACGGGGGGGGUUGACGGGAAGGAGCGGGGAGAACUCAGGAGGCUCAGUAACACGAAGGAGCCGGUGGUGUGUGUAAAUAUAUAUAACGUUAUAUAUGUGUGUAUUUUCCGUUCGUAUGGACUUAUUAAUCUUCCCGUGUGGGUACUCGCAUUGAGGAGAUAUAAAUACUAUGGCGAAACAGCGAUGAUAAAGUGACAGGUGAAUUGGAGCGCGAAAACAAGGGCUACGGGGGUUACUGAAGUGACGUGUGCGAAGUAAGGGUAACAGUUCGGUAACGGACCAUCGCAGCUUUCUAUUGGUGCAGGACUUCAACGACUCAUAAAAGCGGAUUACUGCUGCAUUUCUGGUUUCUUUUUAUUUUUGUGACGUUUUAAAAAAUAUUUUUCCUGAAAUAUUUUUUUGCUGCCCUCCUAUAGUUUUUUUUUUGUCGUUUUUAAUUACUGCCAUGAAGAAAUUUGCGUAUUGUAAGGUGGUCUUGGCCACCUCGUUGGUUUGGGUCUUUUUGGAUAUGUUUCUGCUGCUGUACUUCAGUGAGUGCAACAAAUGUGAUGACAAGAAGGAGCGAGGCUUGCCUGCUGGGGGUGGUUCUGAUGUGAUUCAAAAACCACACGAAGGCCCUGGAGAAAUGGGGAAGCCUGUCGUCCUACCCAAAGAGGACCAAGAGAAGAUGAAGGAAAUGUUCAAAAUCAAUCAGUUCAAUCUAAUGGCAAGUGAAAUGAUAGCACUCAACAGAUCUUUACCUGAUGUCCGGUUAGAAGGUUGUAAAACAAAAGUAUACGCGGAUAACUUGCCCUCGACAAGUGUUGUGAUAGUAUUUCACAAUGAAGCUUGGACCACGCUGCUAAGGACAGUACACAGUGUAAUAAACCGGUCUCCGCGGCAUUUACUGCAAGAAAUUAUUUUGGUAGAUGAUGCCAGUGAAAGAGACUUUUUGAAGAGGCCACUGGAGAGUUACGUAAAAAAACUGCCGGUACCGGUGCAUGUGCUUCGCAUGGAGCAACGUUCUGGGUUGAUCAGGGCCAGGCUGAGGGGUGCCGCGGCUUCCAAAGGGCAGGUUAUUACAUUUCUAGAUGCACAUUGUGAAUGUACUGUUGGAUGGCUGGAACCUCUGUUGGCUCGGAUCAAACACGACAGGAGGACAGUGGUGUGCCCAAUCAUUGAUGUCAUAAGCGAUGACACCUUUGAAUAUAUGGCGGGUUCUGAUAUGACUUACGGUGGGUUCAAUUGGAAAUUAAACUUCCGAUGGUAUCCAGUUCCACAGCGUGAAAUGGAUCGUAGGAGAGGCGACAGAACGCUCCCUGUGAGGACUCCUACUAUGGCAGGAGGUCUCUUCUCAAUAGACAGAGAUUAUUUUCAGGAAAUUGGAACAUAUGAUGCAGGAAUGGAUAUAUGGGGAGGAGAAAAUUUAGAAAUAUCAUUCCGUAUAUGGCAAUGUGGUGGUACGCUAGAAAUUGUGACGUGUUCUCAUGUCGGACAUGUAUUUAGAAAGGCAACACCAUACACCUUUCCUGGUGGUACAGGGCAAAUCAUAAACAAGAAUAACCGAAGACUUGCAGAAGUAUGGAUGGAUGAAUUUAAGAACUUCUUUUAUAUUAUUUCACCCGGGGUGACUAAAGUGGACUAUGGGGAUAUAGCAAUGCGAACAGCCCUGAGGCAUAAGCUUCAAUGCAAACCAUUUUCUUGGUACUUGGAAAACGUAUAUCCUGAUUCCCAGAUACCACGCCAUUAUUUCUCUUUGGGAGAGAUUAGAAAUGUCGAGACAAAUCAAUGCUUGGAUAAUAUGGCCAGGAAAGAAAAUGAAAAGGUUGGAAUUUUCAAUUGCCAUGGAAUGGGAGGAAACCAGGUAUUCUCAUACACUGCUAGCAAAGAGAUCCGAACAGACGAUUUAUGUUUAGAUGUGUCGAAGCUUAAUGGCCCAGUCAUAAUGCUUAAGUGCCACCAUUUAAGAGGCAAUCAGCUGUGGGAGUACGACCAAGUGAAACUAACUUUGGUUCAUGUGAAUAGCAACCAAUGUCUUGACAAAGCUGCAGAAGAGGACAGUCAAGUGCCCAGCAUCAAAGACUGCAACGGCAGCCGAUCUCAGCAGUGGCUCCUGCGCAACGUCACUCUGCCUGAAAGCUUUUAAAAGAAUCACCGUUGACAAGUACAUGGUGAAUGAAUACAUAAAAAAAACAAGAUUAAAAAAAAUUUGACUGCGCUACCUCUGCACACGUGACUUGCACAUCCUUGGGGAUCAAGAAAAAUAAAUGCUUUGCACCUGUAAGAUUGGGGGGCGCACAUAUCAGCUCAGACUACCUUGUGGUUUUUCAGUAGCUGUGUAAGAGCCCUCCUCUAUGAGGAUGUGAAAUGGCAUACUUUGUAUCAUAAAUGUGCACAUUGAAGUUUACAAGAAACAGUCUCCCUCAUCAAGAAGUCUUGUUAGAGAACAUUUGAAGGCGAUGCAAAACCGUUAACAUGGAGCCUUGGGAGAGAUGCAUAUCCAUACAGUCUGUGUGAACAUAAGUACCCUCUUUUGGACAUGUUUUGUUAGGGAAGGUAGAUUCGAGGCAAAGCAGGUUCUCUGCUGAUGAUUUCGUCCACAACCAUCUUUGUUCCAAGACCAGGAUGUCCAGAUAAGAAACUGGAGCAGUGAUGCAGAUUUGCGCAAAUAUUUCCUGAGUGAAAAAACAGGGUUUAAAAAGGAGUUUAAAAUCACAUAUAUCAAAAGUACAAUUUGUUAUAGCGAAAUAUCAGAUUUAUAUGUAGAUUUUAUACCUCUGGUGGGAAAAUAAACUGAAGAAAAGAAAAAAAUCUCCUUUCAGUUGUGUCAUAGCGAGAAUAGAGUAUAUUUUUCAUGAUGGUAAUGAUGUUGAUUUUUAAAAGCAAAGAAAAAUUGAAAUGACAAAUUUCGUUAUUUUUUUUAAUCAUUCUUCUUUGGGGUGAUAAGUAAAUUUACAUUGUGAUGUAUGUUCAUAUUCCACACAAGGAAGAGGCUUGAUUGUUAAGUGGCAACAUCUGCCAGUGCCACACCUAGCCCUUUCUGGAAUUAGUGAAGAAUAAAUGAAGCGUUGAAAUCACGUUUCCAACUGCAGUUAAAUGGGACUGAUAAUUUGUGGUGCCCAAAAUACAUACUACUGUACUUACCUUUUUUUUUUUUUUUAUAAAGCAAUAAAUUUAGUUUGUCCUUGCCAAUGAAA